AUUUCAUUUUGUACUUUAGAACAUUUGGAAGAUAUCUUGUAAUAUUUUAUGAGUUUUAUUUUGUUUUAAAUUAGAACCACAAAAAGUGAAUUGAAUUAUCCUCAAAAUGCAACUAACUACUCCUUGUUCUCCAAGUAACACUCGCAUGCCAAAUUCUUCUUUGCCACUCUCUUUAAACCAUAUCUCAAACCUCACCUAACUCACAUUUUCUCACACCUCUCUCUCUCUUACACACACAGUCACAGUAAGAACUAUCAACUAUGGAUGGUUCUCCUGCAAACCCUAACCCUUCACACAAACCAAAACAACCGCUUCGACCCUGUGACUAUUGCAGCAAUUCAACCGCAGUUCUAUACUGCAGAGCCGAUUCAGCCAAACUCUGUUUCUCUUGCGACCGUGAAGUCCACUCUACGAACCAGCUUUUCUCGAAGCACACGCGCUCCUUAAUCUGUGAUUCAUGCGAUGAUUCCCCUGCUACUAUACUCUGUUCAACGGAAUCCUCUGUUUUCUGUCAGAAUUGCGAUUGGGAGAAUCAUAAUCUCUCGCUUUGUUCUCCGCAUGAAAGAAGACCUCUUGAGGGUUUCACUGGGUGUCCUUCGGUUACUGAGCUGUUGGCGAUUGUUGGGUUGCAGGAUAUUGGGAAAAAAUCGUUGCUUUUUCCUGAAGAAAGUUUUGGGGAUGGGUUUCUAGGGUAUGAGAUUGAAGGGGUUUCUGAUAUGUUUGUUUGGGAUGCUCCUACUUUUGUUAGUCUUGAUGAUCUUGUUUCUUCUUCUCCUUCUUCUCAUAACUAUAGUGCUAUGGAGGUUCCUCCUUUGCCCAAGAAUCGUAAGGCCGCUUGUGGGAGACAGAAAGAAGAGAUUUUAAGUCAGCUUCGCGAGAUGACAAAGUCUGAGCCCUUGGAUCAGGAAGAUUAUAUGCCAUCAAGGAGUUUGUCUAUAGAUUUUGAACACGACACUAAGGCUGAUAUUGUUCCUAUAAAUGAGUGGCUCAGAGAAAGCAGCGAACCAAUUUAUCAAGUUGUACCUGUUGAUACAUCAAUCAGAGCUCAUACCGAAGAAAUUCCAGUUAAACAUUCUGUAUCUUCUGUCGGGGAGUCUCAUACUCACAUGACACCUUCAGAAUCUAUUAAGUCUGAAACCUUGUCGACUACUUUUAAACCUCUUCCUCCUCCAUAUGAAUUAGCGAGUCAAGAAAGGGAUUCUGCAUUGUUACGGUACAAGCAGAAGAAGAAAACAAGAAGAUACGACAAGCAUAUAAGGUAUGAAUCACGAAAAGUUCGGGCGGAAACCAGAACACGGGUUAAGGGCCGAUUUGCUAAGAUAGAGCAUUGAAAUCAUGGUAGGCUGCCUGCUACAACAACGUAGCUAAAAUUCUUGGUUCGUGUCGCAUAAAUCAUGUAACAUGUCUCUUGUAUAGUGAACUUAUUUAAAUUUUGCAUGUAUGUAAGGUAAGAUGUAUCGAUCCUUGGAUCCCGAGGUUUUGAAGUUAUGCAAUAUCAAAGUAGUAGUAUUGCUAUCA